AUGUCUGUUAUCACACUACAACUUGGCCAGUGUGGGAAUCAGGUUGGAGGUCAGCUGUUUCAGACUUUCAUCGAGGAUGUUCUUACCAAACCUUCACAAACACAGGUUCCUCCUGAUAAAAACCAGACCUACAAAGAGGAAGUUCUGUCUAGGUUUUUCUACAAGGAUCAUAUCAAGGAAGGUGUCCCUGAGGCGCGGGCAGUUAUGGUUGAUAUGGAGCCGAAGGUGAUAGCCCAGACAUGUAGUGAUGCGAAGAAGACAGGGCAAUGGAUGUAUCCAGCCAAACAACAACUUUGUCAGCAGAAAGGGUCUGGAAACAACUGGGCACAUGGUUACUGUAUCCAUGGUCACGGACAGGAGGUCAAGGUCAUGGAAAUGGUCCAAAGAGAGGCUGAGAAAUGUGACAACCUUUCUGGCUUCUUGUCCCUGAUGAGUGUGGCUGGAGGCACAGGAUCUGGUGUAGGGGCAUAUAUAACCGAGUGUAUCAAGGAUGAGUUUCCUCAUUCCUUCCUCCUUAACCAAGUAGUUCUUCCCUACAGUAUGGGAGAGGUGAUCGUUCAGAACUACAAUGCUGUUCUGACGCUGUCACAUUUGUACCGUACUGCAGAUGCCCUUAUUGUCAUGGAGAACGACCACAUCCAAAAAAUCUGUUCCCAAUUGCUGAACCUCAAGAAGGUUUCUUUCCGUGACAUCAACAAAGUGAUAACACACAAACUGGCUAGUGUACUUCAGCCCGUGCUUGUAGACAAAUAUCCUGGAUACUCCUGUCAGAACACACUUGGAGAGUUGAUGGAACACUUGGUCCCCCACAAUGACUACAAGUUGUUAACAGUAAAGAACAUUCCACAGAUGUCUGAGGCAGCCAUGACAUUCUCAUCUUAUCAGUGGCAUGGCCUGCUCAAACACCUGAGGCAAAUGCUUAUAGCUGAUGCUGCGAUGGAGGAAGGUAUUAACUGGCAAGUCAAGCUUGGAGAUGAAACUCCGCGGGGGACUAGUCGCCACAACCGGUCCCUUGCAAACUUCCUGGUGCUUCGUGGUAAGGAUGCUGCAUCUGCGGACACCUCCAUGUUUGCUGAUCCUUCCUUGUAUGCCCCCUGGGUACCCCCAGGGGCUUGUCUCCUCACCGGAGCUCAGCCACGUCUUUUCGGUAACUAUGAGAAGAGUGCUUCCCUGGUGUCCAACAGUCGGACACCUGUACGGACACUGGAUCAUAUAGUGGACAAAGCUUGGAGUAUGUUCUCCUCCCGUGCGUAUGUACAUCAGUAUGUACGUCAUGGACUGGCCGAAGAGGAUUUCUUAGACAGUUUUGUGACUUUAGAACAAGUUAUAGCAAGUUACAACAAUUUAUGACACAGAAUGUUUUGUUCUUCAUUGUAAAUUAUUCUGAAGCGUUUAUCUUCAGUUAUCAUCUGUUUCCAUUUUUGCAUAGGCGUCAUGCUUUGUAUAUUACCAGUUUAUAUUUAUGAUGAGUCUUCUAUUACUGAACAAUGUAGAAAAUCUAUACAGAUAGAACAAAAUGGUUAUUUGAAGAACUGUCCUACUGAGCCUUUUCCUCAACAGUAUUUCAGUAAAACAUAUCCAUUGGAGGACUAAACAAAUCAAGAAAAUUUUGCAUGGUUGAUGUUUAUGAAAAUGCAGCUUAUUACAGUUACAGUUUGAAUUAGAUCACAUUCUUUGGUGGGUACUGGAAUAGCCUUUAGAAUUACUGUUAAGUCAUGAUUGCUCCAAUCAAUAAGUGGUCUUUAUUAGGGAUUCAGAAUCAUUUGCUGUUCAAUAUGAAAGUUACAUCUCAAUAUAUGCAUGUAAAUUUCAAAAUAUUUUAUUGUUGACACAGCAAAGAUGUAACAGUCCAUAGCUUGUACAACGGGCAAAGCCCUAUAACUCCUUCUUUCCUGAUACUCGUAUAGUUGAAUAACACUUUGAAUCAGUACUCUGUAAAUUAAAUUCAGGCAAGAAGAUUAUUCGUGUCUCGUGUCGUGUAUUUCGUUUAAUCGAUGAUAGAGAAUACGAAUUUUAAAUGGCAUUGCACAAAAGAAUAAAACUAUUAAAUUGCUGAGCAUGUGCUGUCGUGAAUUUUGUACGUAAUCUGCCAUGGAUGAGGCUUCAUCUCCUUAUAUUGGCUCGGUUUCUAUGACAGAAAUGUUUAAAUGGAUCAGUUGAAUAUGUCAUUUGCAUUCUGUAUCCGAUUGAAAAUUUGUUUUGAAUUUACCUCUGCAUGUACCCAUUCAUGCUACCUCAAACUCUCUAAUCCAUCCAAGGUGAUUGUUCCACUGUACAGUGAUCCACAUUACUUUGAUGAAAGUGAACAGCCUUUCAUAUCAUCGACUCAUUCAAAAAUAAAAGGUGUAUGUGUUUA